AUUUGUUUUUAGAAGAAAAGAAAGCAGAUCCAGAGAAUGGGGAUACAGGUUCGAUGGAUAUAGAAGAGAGAAACCGACAAAUGAAAAUGAGCAAGUACAAACAGGUAGCAGGAUCAGAUUCCAGGCUGGAACAAGAUUAUCAUUCUAAGUAUCGGUCAGGGCGGGAUGCUCAGCGAGGCUCAGACAACGUUUCCAAUAAGUCCUCAGACAGCGAUGUCAGCGAUGUCUCGGCAGUGUCUCGGACGAGCAGCGCUUCUCGUUUCAGCAGCACGAGCUACAUGUCCGUCCAGUCAGAGCGGCCUCGGGGAAACAAGAAAAUAAGAAGGACAAGGAAUUUAGAGGAAAAAAAGAGGGAGGGUUGGAAGGGGAUGAACAAGAUGAAAUAUUUCCUGAGGAGGAGGAAAAAGAGGAGGAGGAGGAAAAAGCAAAGGAGCAAGAAACUGAUGAAAAAGAGCAAGGGCAAGAGGUGGCAGAGAAUGGUGAUCAGGAAGAAACCAAGGGCUCAGGGCAAGAUGAAAAAGCUCAAGAGGACCAAGCUGAGGAAGGGAAAGAGGAUGACAGGUAAAACAUUUCUAGUUCUGAAGACCUACUGACCUGCUUCCUGCUGUACCUGAACCCUCCCUGCCUUCCUUUUCUUUUCCUUUCCUUUCCUUAGUUUAUUGUCUAUGGUUUCUGUCGCUUCUUUUGCUUUCAGCUGUGAUGAUUUCAUGUUGAAACAAGUUUUAGUCUCAGCUUCAGUGAACUUGUUCUGCUAGCAAAUGAUGCAGCACACUAACUCAAUGCAUCAUUUCAUAUGCAGCUGCAGCAUAUUAUUUUUUAGAUUGUUUU